AUGAAACACUUAGCUUGGAAUUGCCGAGGGCUUGGGAACCCUCGGACAGUUCGUGAGCUUCACCUUCUGGUGAAGGAGAAGAGCCCUGACAUAAUCUUCCUUAGUGAAACAAAGUGCAGAAGGGAGAGGAUUGAAAAGAUUAGAGACAAAUUGAAGUAUGCAUGUAGUUUUUCAGUAGACAGCCGUGGAAGAAGUGGGGGACUGGCCUUUCUAUGGAAGGAGGGGGUGGAGGCAGAUUUAGAUUCUUAUUCUCAAUCACAUAUAUCUCUUCUGAUAAAUGCUAGUAACUCAAGUCUCAAAAGAACUCUAACUGGUUUCUAUGGUCAACCAAUCAAAGGUAAAAGAAAUGAAAGUUGGGACCAAUUGAGAUUAAUUCACUCUAGAAUCCAAACUCCUUGGCUAUGUAUGGGAGAUUUUAACGAAAUCAUGUACCAAGAUGAGCAAUUUGGUUUUGGAACCCGCCCAUUCAAACAAAUGGAAGAGUUCAGGUUGGCCUUGGUUGAUUGUGGUUUGAUGGACACAAGUUUUAUAGGCUCUAUCUUUACUUGGUGCAAUAAAAGGGAAGGGUUAGACUUAACUAAAUCCAGGUUAGAUAGGGCCCUGAUAAAUGAGGAUUGGGCAAACCUAUUUGAUAUUAACCAAACCCAUGUACUUCCUGGACAGUGCUCAGACCAUAACCCACUCUUAAUCCAAAGUGUCAACUCCGAAGUAGUCCCAAAGAGAAGGCUAUUCAGAUAUGAAGUGGCUUGGAGCAACAGGGAAGGUUGCAAGGAGCUCAUCAAAGAAGUGUGGAGACAGAGAAUUUUGGAAAGGACUAAGCUUAAAGACACUCGAGCAAGGCUGGAGGGCUGUAGAGAAAAAUUGCAGGCUUGGAGUAAGGAGGCAUUCAGGACUUAG